AAUGAGUGAAUAAGAUUACCAAAACAAUUCACGUUAUUCCACACUCUAAUCAAAUAAUUACUAGAGUUAAUUAUUGUCCACUCAUUUUGGAAAAUUAUUGGAUAAAAAUGAAGCAUUCUUCAAUCAUCUCAAAGGUGAUUGUAUUUGUGGUAGAUGUAUUUGCGGAUAAUGUAAAUGCCCGAAGAUGCUCUUGUCAAAUGAUUUUAAGAAAGGAUAAGAAUCAUUAUAUUAAAGGAAUUUUAUCGCCCAUGGCAAAUAAAAGUAAAUUCCUCUCAUUGAUCACAAUGUAACUUACAAAAGUUAGUUACCCAUGGAUAUUAAUACCAUCUAAAGGGUACUAAAAUACUAAUUCAAUUUUAGAGCACAUAUUAAGCUCACGCUGAUGCUAAACCAGCAGAAUCUUUAAAACCUGAACAAAAAGUGUUUUUGAUUCCAUUCAGUAGUUCAUCAGCAUACAGAGUAAUUAUAUUGAGAUUUUUAUUAGCUUGACUACACUGGAGGUGGAAUGUCAUCUCUUAAGAUUAAUCCUCCUCAUCAUCCUACUGUAGUAGAUAUUCCUAUGACUACACAUUCAACCUAUCAGGAUAACUUUUAUAAAAAACCUAUUCCAAGAGAAGAAUUUCUAACAACUGCAAAUAAAAGCAGCUUUAAAAGUCCAAUAUCACCAGAAUUGCCUUUUAUUCAUUAAUCUACAAAUAGUGCAUUUUACAAGCCUUAUCAAACUGGAAAGCUAAAUAGAAUUGAUCCUGAAUAAGUAAAUUUAACAACUCAUAUUUUUAGAAUGUUAGAAUGAUUCCUGCUUUUGAUGGUUAAUUUAAUUCAACUACACAAAAGGAUUUUGAUGAUAAGAAUCCAAAAAAAUGCCCAUCCAGAGUUUUUUUGAACUCCUUAUACAAAUAAAAACUUUAAUAAAUUGCUUGA